AGCCUUCCCGCCACUGCUGAACGGAGACCAACCACGAUUGGCAACCCCACGAAUCCACGAGCAAGCUGGUGAACCAGUGCGCCACCACGACACCUGAACCAGCAUGUUCAUCUUGACCAAGAUAGCCGACCUCGUGCAGAUCGCACCCCAUGACUUUCGGAAACAAAGCUACGUAGCGAUUGAGGACAAUAUCAACAGCAAGUAUGCCAACAAGGUGGUGCAGAAAAUCGGCCUCUGCAUCUGCCUGUGGGAUAUUCUGUGGACAUCAGAAGGCCUGAUUGGGCAGGGUGAUGGGAUGGUCAACGUCAACGUUGAAUUCCGCAUGGUUGUGUUUCGACCAUUCAAGGGGGAGGUCAUUGUCGCACGCAUCACCGACCAGUCAUCAGAAGGGAUAUAUCUUGCCACGGACUUCUUCGACAACAUCUUCGUCCCCUGGACCGAGCUACCAGAGGGCUCCGAAUUUGAGCCGAACGAGAAUCUCUGGGUCUGGAAGGAGGAGGACCAAGUCAUGUACUUCGACAACAACGAGAUGGUCCGCGUCAAGGUGAUCUCGGAGGAGUGGCACGACCAGACACCCCUCAAGCCGAUCGAGACAGAGGAAGGCGCCGAGGAACAGCCUGCUGCCGUCAAUUCCAAGCCGCCGUACAAGAUCACGGGAUCGAUGAACGGGCCGGGUCUCGGCUGCUGUCUGUGGUGGGAGUGAUGGCCUUGCGGAAAGAAGUUGGGCUUUC